GAAGCCUCUCUUUAGAGCCAAGUGAAUAAAGGCAAGUUUUCUCAGACAGAGGUGGCUCAAGAGAAACGGAAGGAGAUGGAAGAGCAGGACCCGGAAGGACCCGGCACUGGAAAGAAAGCAAGAAAGAGCCCCCAUCCCACCCAACCUGGAAGUGGUGCUGAAUUCUGGGAAAGAGCUGUGCCAGAGAGCCUGGCUGAGAACUCUAUGACUUCAGAUGUUCAUUGCCAACACUUCCGGCAGUUCCGCUACCAUGAGGCUGAUGGGCCCCGAGAGGUUUGCAGCCAUCUCCAUGGACUUUGCAACCAGUGGCUGAAGCCGGAGAGGCACACCAAGAAGCAGAUCCUGGACCUGGUGAUCCUGGAGCAGUUCCUGACUCUCCUGCCCCAGGAAGUGCAGUGCUGGGUCAGAGGAUGUGGGCCGGAGACCAGUUCCCAGGCGGUGGCCCUGGCCGAAGGUUUCCUCCUGAGUCAGGCAGAGGAGAAGAGGCAGGCAGAACAGAUGCAGGGACCACCUUUGAAGAUGGAAGCUGCAAUCCCUGAGGCAGAAGGAGCUUCCUUGGAGCAGGGGCAGAGGGUGCAGGAGGUGGAGCGUGCCCAAGAUGCCCUCUCCUGUGGUAAGGACUCCUUGUGCCUGGAUGCCAUUGGGGCAGCCUGUGAAUGUGGUGGGUAGAGAGUUCAGGUCAGG